AUGACACAUUGUGGCGGCCAGGUCGCAGAGACCUUGUUAUCGGAAGCGGCAAGGAUGUCACAGUUUGUGCGACUCAAUCGGGGUUCUGCUGCACUGACAGAUGGAGCUCAUCAGCGUACGUUCUGGGUCAUAUAUUCCCUUGAGAAGCUGUCAUGCUUUUGCCAGGGAAGGACUUCGGCAAUCCCCGACGAGGACAUCGGUUGCCAUAUUCCACAUGUACCCGAAGCCAUCUUUGGGGACUUCAACUGGUUUCUGAGCUCGGUCCGAUUUGGCCGUUUGAUAUCCAAGGCAUUAACUGCGCUUUUCUCAGUUAGCGCAACCAUGAAGCCCAGAGAUGAAUACCAGCAAGACCUGCAGGCAAUAAGUUCCCAGUUGGAAACGUGGAGGCAAUCUAUACCGCCUCUUUUUCGCCCGGGCGGGCGAUUUGCCAGGGCCCAUUUCUCGAGCCCGACUGCUGUGAUCGCAGCGUUAAGAACGCACUUCACGUAUCACAAUUUUGUCAUGGUACUGUGUCGGUUGGGUUUACAAAUUGGGGUAUCCGAUGCUGGCACAUCCCCUUUCAAUCCCCUCGAGACUUUCAUGAGCUCGGCUCGUCGAGUGAUCGAGCUAACGGGCCAUCUCGAGGUGGAACCUUACGCUCCAUCUGUCAUGUUGACCGUCUUUCCGUUAUCCGCGUUUUUCAGUCUCUUCCAUCUGAUCAUCGACAAUCCGCAGCACUUUGAGACCCGAGAUAAUUUGACCUUCUUGGACGUCGCCGCCGGAUACUUCCGCCGCCUUGAAUACACCAUGAAGCAAGAGUUUCCGUUCUCCAUCUUCCCCAAACUCGCCGCGGUGGCGCAGGAAUUUGUGCUCAAGCUACCGCGGCGGUCCGGUCCCACGAGUUCGGCCACAGAAGUUGAAACUCUGUCGCUACCAGACGGCCAUCCUGUUCCAGAAGCGGGACUAGAGCUGCAGUCGACGUCUGAGCUCGGUAUAUCAAACCCUCAUGUAUUGCCGAUUCAGGACCAAAGCGAUUUUGGAGAUCCCUUGUAUGCGAUGAAUGCGAAUGCUGCGUUUGACCAGCUUCCUCUCGCCAUUGACGGCGCAGCAUACCACGUAGACGGCACACAAUUCAGCCCAGAGGAUGGGAUGGGCUUCUUCGGGAAUCUAUUGGAUCAGACGUAUAAUUCUUUGUACGGUGUCGAUGUUAGCUGGCAAUAA